AUGCCGCCCAAAGGCCAAUCUUCCUCAUCCGGGGCGCGAUCCGGGAAGAACGAAGCGUCCCCGGUACAGAUGCCGCAGCGUCUUCGGGCCCAUGCUGCUGAGUUAGAGAGGAUUUUCACCCGGAUUGAUGCAGAUGGAGACGGAAAGUUGAGUGAAGCCGAUGUGACGGCCUUCAUGAAAGACCGUGUCGGCUUUCCGCUGGAGGCUGAUCAAGUGAAAGCCCUUCUAGUGGAACUACGAGGCCCCGGGGCGGCUGUGGACUCCGCAAAGGGGAGCUCUCCUCCCAUCGAUUUUCCUACUUUUCUCGCGUUCGUGGACACUCAGCUCAUGAAGCCUGUUCCUGAUCUUCUCCGCGAAGUCUUUCAGUACAUCGACACUGACAAGGACGGGAAAUUAACGGCAAGGGAACUCCAGGCGUUUGCACAGCGCCUGAGUCUAAACCUCAGUGAGGACGGAGCCGCGAACCUCCUCAAUCGGGGACACAACGAAACAAGUGCAACCUUCGAGGAGUUUUGUGGCCUCGUCCAGACGUCUCUGCCGUCCGUUGGCCGAUAG